CAGGCCAUUCUAUGAUUCUAUGAAAUGUCUUGAGGUGCGGCCUCAUCAGUGUUGCAUACAGAGAGGCCAUCACCUCCCUGCUACUGCUGGCUGCACAACUCCUGAUACAAGCCAGGAGUGCAGCUGGCCUUGGCCAUCUGGGCACACUGCUGGCUUACGUUCAGCUGCUUGUCAGCUAACACCUCCAAAUCCUUUUCUGCAGUACAGCGUUCCAACCACUCUGCCCCAAGCCUUUAGCUUGGCACUGCAAAGGAGACCAGGGACUCGGGCUGGGACCGGGCACCCGAACGCACACUCAGUCCCUCUUCCCCGCCCCAAAUGCCGACUGCUGCUCGCGUGAAGCACAUCGCGUGUUUUGUUUUGCGUUGUGGGAUCUGGGCGUUGCGCGAUGGCAAGGGACAGCCACGGGACUUGUGUCACCGCCUGACGGGCUGCCGCCGCAGCGCGCCGCAACGCACAUCACCCGGUGCACCCAGCCCUCCGAGCAGCCCAAACGGCAGCGCUCGAUGCGCGCGGAGAACGCCGGGGGUGACCGAGUCCAGACCGCACCCCCGCCUGCACGUCCCGCCCCGCGCAGCGCCGCCCAGUACAGGGAAAGAUGGCGGCGCCCGAGGCGGCGUGGAACCGCGUGGACGUGCCGUGGCCCGCUUGCAGCGGCGCGGUGGCCGUGACCGCCCAGCACCCCGCAGUGAGCUGCCUGCCGGCCCUGCGGCGGCGCUGCGUUGGCGCCCUGAAGCGGCUGUCCGGGCCGGGCCUGGCCGCCGAGGGACGCGUCUUGCGGGCCCUGCUCUACGUCUUCCACAGCAGGCUGCUGCGGCACCGGCCCUACCUGGCUAUGCAGCAGGUGGAACAAUGCUUGAAGCGCCUGUGGAAAAUGAACUUGGUGGGCUGCAUUGAAACCCUGGCAGAACUGAUUCCCAGGAAAAAUAAAGCCCAGGCCCAAGCAGAGUGCUUAGUUCCCAGCCAGCCUAUGCUGGAAACAGUGGCUGUGAAGGUGCUGGGAGGCUGUAAGCUCAUACUGCGUCUGCUAGACUGUUGCUGUAAAGCAUUUCUCUUGUCUGUUAAACAUCUCUGUUCAGAAGAAUUCAUACUUUUGAACACCGUGGCUUCAGGCUUGUUGAGCCGGCUAUGGAUUCAAUACAGGUGUGUACUGCGGAGCCUCAUCUCCCUGUAUGGCGUGCUAUCAACAUCACUUCAUCUGGUGUCUGAGACCCAGCAGAUGCCUUACAUCAAGGGAUUUACCUUCCCUUCUGAUAUCAGUAGCUUUCUUGGAGUUAACCUUUCUUCUGAGGUGAAGAAACAAAAAGCUAAAAUGCUUACAGCAAAAAGACCUACUGGCUGGCUGAAGAAGCUCUUCCCAACCACAUCAGAGGCAGUGUCAAAGGUUGGGAGAAAGAGAGGUUUUGUGACCUCUGCAAGUGCUGUGAAAAACCACAGCAUCCCUGCGGAUGACAUUGGAGAACCUGUUCUGGCAACCAGAGAUGGCAGAGGGAACCAGCUGUGGUUUGAUGUGAAGAGUUUGCUUAGACCAUCCAGACCUCCAAUACAAGGGGGUAGAUGCAUGACAUCAAAAGCUUUUAAAGAAACAUCAGUGUCACUUUCCUCUUCUGUGGCAAAAUUGCAGCAUGCUGGGCCUCUCAUACAGAUGUUUCAAACAGCCACAUCUUUUGGUGAGCUGUCAGAGGCACUCAGAAAAGCUAUUCUGUGGUGCAAAGGCAACAAACUCAAAUCAGCAGCUUAUUUUCUGCGCAGCAAAUUGUUGAAAAGCAAUCGGCUGCACCACGUGGAGGCGCAAGGAUGCAGCUUGCAGAAGAAACUGUGCUGUGUCAAAACAACGCUCUGUAAAUACCUUCUGUGUGGCUCACAGAACACGCGCUGGCCAAGGCAGUUCUUUCAAAGGAGGGUGAAAUUCUCCAAGUGCUCAAAGAGAAUUCUGAAGACUGUUCAGCAAAAGCAUUCUGAGCUUUUUGGGGACCAUGUGAGCAGUGUUUCACCCAUUGUGAGGCCUUCAAGUUGGAAAGGAUGUCCCAUCAUUCAUACAGCCUCUGUCAAAGAAAGUACAGCAGAGACUCCUAAACAGCUGCUGUUAAAAGAAAGCCCCAAGUCUGCGCACAAAGAUUCUGUGGAUGUGGAUAUUGAUUCUAUUUUUGCAGCAAUGGGUGUCUGAUUCUGGACUGGGAAGAAGAAACAUGUCUUGUUUUUCUAAGUAAAACUCGGAAUGCCUCUAAGUGUCUCGGUACCUCAUACACCAAGUUCUGCUAACAAAGGAAUAACUAUCUUAGUUUUGUAAAAGUUGGGUUUUUUUUUUCUUUUUUAUGGAACAGCAUUCAAAACAGAUAAGUAAUCUUUAUCCUUUUACCCAACCUUGUCCAGGGACUGCAGCUUUGAGUUACUUCCUACUCAGUGCCUUUUCUCUGCUGCUGGGACCACCUGUUAUUGUGCCGUGUAUUCAGCAGCACUUAAUUACCACCCAAGGCAGAAGGCUGCAGCUGAUCACUUGCUGCUGCUCAGGCCUAAAGAUCUGCCCCUUCUCCACAAAGUAUUAUACUCCUCUCUUGCUGUUUGUACAGACAACAGCCUUGACUUGCAGCCGUUCUACACUUCUUAUCCUUGUCCUGAAAAGAAGUUAACCAAAUCCUGCUGCUUCGGAAAUAGGGUAAAGCACAGCCAGAGCCUGCAAGAAUAAAUCUACUUGUGAACAAA